AGGCCAAAAUAAAAUGCUGGGCUGACGAGCUUUUUGGUUCAGAGAGAAGUAUAGGAGGGAAAACCUUAUUCGGAGUGAGAGACAGAGAGGAGCUGAAAUGAGAUGUAAGAUGUUGGGAUUGAAGCGGUUGAUUCCGAACUCGGGGUCAAGGCGACCUGCGAGUCUCAAUUCUCGAAUCUUCUUCACGCACGAAGAUGAGAAACCAUUCCUCCAUCCUGCAAAUCUUCUCGCCCAAAGAACCUCGGCUCGUUUCUUUGACAUUCACCAGAUUGCCAACAAAGACGCCAUAAAAAAAGAGCGCGCUCGGCUUUCAGAUGAGAUGAAUAGGGGUUACUUCGCUGACAUUUCGGAGCUCAACCAACAUGGUGGUAAGAUUGCGAUCGCAAAUAAAAUUAUCAUUCCGGCAAUGGCGGCCGUUAAAUUUCCUUCGGUUGAAGUGAGCCGUUCAGAUGGUACAAGUCUUAAGCUGCCCAUUUGUCUCAAUGGAACUGAACUCGAGUCCUUCAAAUCUAACAUUCCUAAGGCUUGUCUACUGUGUCUUUCCUUUCGAGCGAGCUCUCAGGCAAUGAUUGAUUCUUGGAGCACUCCUUUUAUCAACACUUUUAGUGAUUCAACGAAUGUUCAGUUGUACGAGGUCUCAUUAAUAGACUCGUGGUUAUUAUCAUUGAAUCCUAUAAAGAGACUUCUUCUUCGGAUAAUGAGAAAAUCUAAUCCAGAUGGAAGAAAGAGUAUGCUGCAGAGACAAAUUGUUUAUUCUUUUGGUGACCAUUAUUACUUCAGGAAAGAGCUCAAGAUACUGAACCUUCUUACCGGGUACAUAUUUUUGCUGGACCAGUUUGGUAGAAUAAGAUGGCAGGGUUUUGGGUUGGCCACACAAGAGGAGUUGUCCUCACUUUUGUCCUGCACGUCACUUUUAUUGGAGGAGAAAUGAAGAUUUGAAUAACACAAAGCAACAUGGAAUUCAAAAGGUGAUGCGGUUUGCCUGCAUUUACUAUAGGUGGAGAGCCAUUAAUGAGAUAAUUUCUGAAGGGAAGGUGCCAGAGUAUAUUGCCUUACAAAUUGCAAAAGGUACAAGAAUGAUCUGAAAUUGACUUGUCCAUCUUUUAUAUUUUGUAUUGAAGUCUUGUCUUCUUCUCUUCUGUAUUUUUCUAGCUGGUGCUUAACUCUUUCAAAAAAACAAAUUAAAAUUAUAAAAUGAAUGUUAGUCCUAUACAAUGUAAAUAAAAAAUUAAUAAAAAAAAAAGAAAAGAAACUCAGACUUCUAUUAAUUGAUUGGCCGUAAAGUUUGAGCUAGUUUAUCUGGAAGUUGGCCGGUUUUGAAUCUAAUCUAGCAAACAUUUUGUAACAUUACAAUUACAAGGUAUUUUUUUUAUGAUUUAUUAGUAAUUCUUGAUUUU